AUAGUCGUUCGAGGAUGGCGAAAAGCAGCACACCGCGCAGUGCACGUGGCCGCCUGGCCACGCUCGUUUUCCUCCUUAUCGUCGCGUCGCUCGGGGAAGCGUCGGUGCUGCAGCGUCAGCGUCGGGAUUUCGUGAUCCCGGAUUGGAUCGAGAUCGUUGACGAACCUGUCGCCGAGAACUCGAAGACCAUCCAGAGAGCGGUGAGGGUGAGAGACGCGAAGGUGUCUUACGAUGGCGCCCAAGUGUGGAGGGUGAAUGCUGCCGAAGGCCAGUCCGUCUCCAGCGUUGCCACGGACUUCCAGGAGGCUGGACUAUUUUCCGUAUGGCUGGGUAACGAGACAGCAGUCGACGUGAUGGUCCGCUCGGAAGAAAUUCCCAGAGUCGCUCGUUACUUGAAACAGAAGGACCUUGAAUAUAAUAUAGUGAUCGAGGACCUGCAGAAAGAGAUAGACGAAGAAAAUCCAGUGCCAUCCGAAGAGGAAAUGCAGGAGAUGGAGGGUCGUUUCGGUCAUCGGAUGGAAUGGACCAGUUACCACAGACUCGACGACAUACACAGCUACCUUCAUUACCUGGCCGAAACCUUCCCCGCGGUCUGCUCUGUCGUCAGCAUUGGAAACUCUGUCGAAGGAAGAUCUCUGAAGGUACUCAGAAUCAGUAACGGGAAGCCGAACGCCCCCGCAUUGUGGAUCGACGGCGGUAUUCACGCGAGAGAAUGGAUCUCGCCAGCUGCGGUGACCUACAUCAUUGACUAUUUGGUGGACAACAGCGACAGCCUCGAAGCUGACUAUUACAUCCUCCCCGUAGCCAAUCCCGACGGCUACGAGUACACUUUCACGAGAGACCGACUAUGGCGCAAGAACAGGAGACGAGCGAUUGGUAGUUCCUGCACCGGUGUAGACCUUAAUCGAAAUUUCGGCUACCGAUGGGGUGGCAAAGGGACCAGCAAGGACCCCUGUCGGGAGAUCUACGCGGGUUCUGGACCAUUCUCCGAGCCCGAGACCAACGCCAUCAGGAACUUCUUCGAAGCCAGCGCUGCUAAUUUCAAGGCAUACCUGACCUUCCACAGCUACGGCCAGUUCAUUCUGUACCCAUGGGGCUACGACAGACGGGUUCCACCUGACUAUGCCGACCUCGAGAAUGUCGGUAGGGACAUGGCAAUGGCGAUGAGGAAGGCAGGCGGGGAGAAUAGCGCCUACACCGUCGGGAACAGCGCGACCACCCUUUACGCAGCAUCGGGAGGCUCCGACGACUGGGCCAAGGCCAUCCUGAAGAUGAAGUACACCUACACGAUCGAGUUGAGGGACACCGGGAAGCAUGGUUUCGUUUUACCAUCCCGCUACAUCAUCCCAACGGCGAAGGAGGCUUUGGCUGCUGUGUUGGUCGUCUCGGAAGCUUGCAAGAGCUUGUAAUUAGCUGGGAUGAUUGGACAGUUUGAAGAGUCGAUCUCGACGGUCGUGAUGCUUGUAUAAAUAUGAUCGUUAGCGUAUCUGUAUCGUGUACCUGCGCACCGUGGAUGUGCCGUGUGGCAACGUUUAUGUGAGAAUUAUUUAUUUAAUAAAAACAGAUGGAAGAUCGCUCGGCUGGAUAGCUUGGCUCCUGGAUAAGGAGCGUUUUUAUUUGCAAGUCGGUUACGAUACAGAAAGAAGGAUCGCGAAGUGGGUGGGGAGACGAACGCGAUAAGAACGAUCGGUCUAUCGAAGAUACGUUGUCUUUUAAUGCCGCAUAUUUUUAACAAUGCAUUCUGCAAUCUCCGCGAGGAAUUCGAUCACUUAAUUCUAUCUAUUUAUCGGAACGAAGUACGUGUAUUUAUAACACAGUUGUCAGGAAAUUCUUCUUAAUCGGUGUAGUCCGAUUAGGAGUGUGAUAACAUCGACGAGCAGCGAUUAGGAAUAAUUUAACAUGAUCACGAUGAUCCACGUCACGAACGCGGACACUCUCGUGUAAACCGAGGGGGCGUUCUUACCACCGCAGGGGAACAGUCCCCAGGAAACUAUGCCGACCACUUCCGCUUCGCCGAAAUCGUUCCUUCUCACCAGAGGACCUCCGGAAUCGCCCUAAAAAAUAACGUAAAUAAUUCGGUAAAAUAUUAAUCCAAUUUUUUGUUGUUAUAAUUCAAGAUUCAAGUUACUUUCUUCUCCAUUUGGGUCAUUUUACUAGCUGCAAUUCUUUUGGAUUGACAGUUGUAGAUAUGAUUUAUUGCAGAUAUGAAAAUUCAUAUUUCAUCUUUCUAUUGGUACCUUUUAUUGGUUAUAAUAUUCUUAUCUUUUAUUGGUUGUGACAUCUUAUAUUUUAAAAGUCGAGGAAUAAUAAAAUCAUGUACAAACAAAUGCCACGCUAUAUCUUCGAAUGCACUUUAUAACGUAUUAACAAUGGACAUUGAAAACGUAAUCUCAGAAUAAAGACUACCUUGCAAGCUGACAAGCUUCCAUCCAAAGGUCCGGUGCAAAUAUUUGUCGGAUGCAGAGGAUUCUUGUCUUUCCUCUUCAGACUCUUGUCCAAUGUGAGUUUGCACAAAGCGUAAUCGACGAUAGGCAACACGGCUGCCUGCAGCUUCUCCGGGGUCUUUGGACGUCGUGUUCUUCCGAUACUACCCCACCCACUCAGCAUGACAUCUCCGGAUGGUAUCGAGUCCGGAUAUGGCAAAGCCACAGUCGAAACGAAUGGGUUCAGGUCGAAAGGCUGUUCUAGGCUCAUCAGGGCAAUGUCGUACGGUGCUACGGUCCUGGAGCAAUCAUUUUUAAACGAAACUUAGGUGAUACAAGAGCUUGGAAUAUUUUAGAAUAAGGAGGAACUAAAUGUUACCAAAUAGAAUUAUUCUCAUGUAUAACUAUAAAUUUAAUUUUUAAUUUGUAAUGUUUUGAUUAUGUAUGAAAAAGGGAAUUUGCUUAGUUGUAAUUUACUUCAGUGUUACAGCAUGGGUGCAUUUAUUCUGCCUUCGUCUGGAAACAAUGAAGUCGCAAGGUGUAUAGUUUUAUAAUUAAAUGAAACAGUCGAGCAGCUGAACUGCAUUUUUCAAUCUAUUUGAAACUAAUUGAGCGCGUUGUUAAAAUAAAAUAAAAUAAAAUACAAUUAAAUUAA